UCCUAUCUAGGAACGUUGGAUACGGUUCCUCCCCGCGCUUCCGGCCCUGGAAUAUCUACCUGCCCACUGAAUACGCAGUCUACCGAGAGGUCCCUCAAACAUUCGUAAUUGUCACAGGCCAAAACUCCCUAACAGGAGAACCAAAAACCCAAAAGCAAAAGUCUGACAAGGCCGACGACGUCCUGCGCAAACGAGCCCUCCGGGUGUUGAAAGUGGUCCGGGUGCUGAAAAUGGUCCAGGUGCAGUUUAGCAAAUCCCGUCCUCCAGCCAGCAGCGCAUGCGCAGCCUCGGUUCCUGUGCGCUUUGCGCUCCUGGGUAGGUCAGCACAGUGCGCAGAGGCCAUCGGGAAGAUGGCGGGGCUUGGCGUGGUGUGUGUGGCCGCCUGGGUUCCUUGUCGGAGAUGGGGCUGGACGGCCUGCAGCUUUGACCGUGGCCUCAGAGCGUUACUUGCACGAAAGCCCGAGAGGACGCCACGGUGGCUCCCAGCUUGCAGACAAAAGACAUCAAUCUCUUUCCUUAGUCGACCAGACCUUCCAAACCUGGCUUAUAAGAGACUAAAAGGCAAAAGUCCAGGAAUUAUCUUCAUCCCUGGCUAUAUUUCUAGUAUGAAUGGUACAAAAGCAUUGGCGAUUGAGGAGUUUUGCAGAUCUCUAGGUCACGCCUGUAUAAGGUAGGAACAACACAUUUCGAAGAAAAUAUUACUACCAUUUAGCAUGGCAGCGGAGGAUUACUUCUGCUCUAACCAAUUAAAGCAAAUGCCAGCAUUUUUAUGGCUUAAUUUCUUUUAAUGGCCUGUAAACUUUCAUCUUGUGAUUUAGGGUUCUUGUAAAUGCAAGUUUUAAAAGACCUUUUUUAAAGGUCUGUGUGCCACACUCACAAUGCUGUCAGGAAAGGAAACUAGAGGUAAAACUAAGCUCUUUAGCUACAGUAAUCUAACCUAACAAGAAGCUAGUAUACUAGUUGGCUUUCUUGUAAUCUCUUGUAAUUAUA